CUAGGUAUGAUUUGGUAACAAUCCUCUCUUAUACCCAUAUUUAGAGAAAUCAUAUGUGCAAUUGACCAAAGCUUUCCCUAAACAUCCAUUGGAAUGUUUUCUCCAAUAUUCUGGGCGCAUUUUACAUUUUUAUUGUACACUAGAACAAAUGUGAAAAUAUUCAGACUACAGCAGAGGGGGAGUUGAUGCUGCAGUUCUAUGCACACAUACUUAUUUCCUUGGGAGUAAGUCUUAUUUAAAUCAAUAGGACAUCCUUAAGAAGAGCCCUGCUGUAUCGGACCAAAACUUCACCCAGGACACUACUUUCCAACAAUAGUCAGCAAAGUGCUCCUGUAAAGGACACAUGGAGGCAACAUGGGAGAUGUACUGUUGCCUUCAUCCCUGCUUGAUCGUGGUCUUUCCAGAGGCAUUUGGUGGACCACUUCCCAGCAUCCACAGUCUUUGUCCCUUGCACAAGUGUAGCCAACAUGAUGCCCUUCAGAUGUUGUAUACUACAUCUCCCAUCAUCCCUGAUUAUUAGCCAUAAUAGCUGGGACCAAAUCCAUGGUCUAUCUCCCCCCCCCCCGUCACCCACAAUACCCGAUGAGUGAGAACCUUCUGUCCAUUUUCUCUGUUUAGCCUGCCUUCUGUGUGAGGGUGAAAGAGGAUCUGUUUUACUUUUGUUUCUUGAGUGCAGGGCAGAGGACAGGGGAAGAGCUCUUCACACAAGUUUCCGUGACCGAGACCCAGAGAAAGACCUCAAGGAUGGCAAAGACAGUUCUGUUUUCUGAUCUGGAUCUUUCAGACCUAUAUCCAGAUGCUAAUUACAGUGACUAUGACUACUACGGCACUUUCAACCCUAACAGCGUAGCAGCAAAAGCACCCUGCGGAAUCGAUGUUAUGCCACCUGUGUUCAAAUACCUAGUGGCAUUCAUCUAUGGCCUGACAUGCCUUCUGAGCCUGGUGGGGAACUCCCUGGUGGUUCUGGUGAUUGCCUAUAGCAAAGGAAACCGUUCUGUCACUGAUGUGUAUCUUCUAAACCUCGCCAUUGCUGAUCUCCUCUUUGCCCUCACCUUGCCUUUCUGGGCUGUAGAUAGAGCGCAUGAAUGGAUCUUUGGCACUCCCAUGUGCAAAAUCCUGUCACUCCUGAAGGAAGUCAACUUCUACAGUGGCAUCCUCCUGCUGGCCGGUAUCAGCAUGGAUCGCUACCUGGCAAUAGUUCAUGCUACUCGGGCAGUCACUCAGAAGAGGAGCUGGGUCAGAUUUGUCUGUGUUGGCAUCUGGCUGCUCUCCUUCCUCCUCUCCCUUCCUGUAAUUAUCUUCCAUGAGGCUUUCUUGCCAACCGAGGAGAUGAAAUGGGUUUGUCACGAAUAUAUUGGAUGGAAUCAAAUAUCUGGCAUUAGGGCGAAACUGAGAAUCCUGCCACAAACGUUUGGCUUCAUUCUUCCCUUGAUCGUCAUGCUCUUCUGCUAUGGUGUGAUGGUACACAGACUCUACCAGACCAAGAACAGUCAAAAAAAGAAGGCCAUGAAAGUCAUCUUGGCUGUGGUGCUGGUCUUCCUGGUCUGUUGGCUGCCCUACAAUAUCUCUUUGCUUCUUGAUACGUUAAUGAGGUCUGGAGCUAUUGGUGAAACCUGUGACCUUCGCAACAGCAUUGAUACAGCCCUUUCGGGUACUGAAAUCUUGGGAUUUGCUCACAGCUGCGUAAACCCCAUCAUAUAUACCUCCAUAGGGCAGAAGUUCCGGAACAACUUCCUCAAGAUCCUGGUCACAAGAGGCAUCAUCAGCAAAGAAGCCUUGACUCGGUUUAGAAGGGGUUCCUCCUUCUCAUCUACCUCUCUGUAAUAGGCUGGGGGGAAGAAAAAAUGGGAUGGAAUUAAACAGCUGAAAUGAGGGUGAAACAGAAUCCUGCCACAAAUGUUUGGCUUCAUUCUUCCUUUGAUCAUCAUGCUCUUCUGUGCCAUGCAUAUUAUAUAUAGUUUCUUAUAAACAAUCCAAACCAUCUCUUGUUCUGCUAAAGCCAUUCUGUCCAAAAUAGAAUCCUGUGAUAAAAUUUUGACUGGAUGUAGCUAUCAUUUCUAUAUGAGCUUAACUAAAAAUAAAAUACACAGAGCAAGGAAACUUAAUCCCCUCUCUACCUUUAAUUCCUUAUUUUGUAGAACUGCCUUUUGUAUAUUUUAAAUUGAAUGUGGUCAUCAUAGAAAUAUGAUUUUGCUGUAAUCUUGACUGCAGAGCUAUGAUCAAGUCAGUAACUGACCCCUUAGCAACUGCUUUAAAUGCAUCCCAUUGCACAAACAAACCUGUUCCUUCAUAAGGAUUGUUCAUUACUGAAAAUGUGGUUCAUGAAUGACCUAACUUGAAACAUUUGAAGCCAACUACAUUUCAAGUCACCCAACUUUUUAUGAGGAGAAGCUUCUGUUAUAGUUCAGGAAAUACAGCAUCUGUAGUAUGUAGGAAGCUUCCUUUUUGGCCUGUUGAACUCCAUCUGCGUAUCUUCCCUCGCCCAGGGGGUGAGGGUAGUGUGCUAUUUAGUGGUGGAUAAGAUCAGCCUUUCCCAUCUCAGUGAUUUGCAUUUUAUGAGACAUUGUUAUUUGAGCCGAGCGUAUUUAUGAUCCCUAUUAAAACAAUUAUGUGGUUCUACCUGUCAGCAGGACUUCAGUUACCAAUGUAUCUAAAAGGCGAGAGACACCCCCAAAGCUAACAGGAGGGGCCAGAAGGACAAUAUUUGUUCUCUCUGUGUGAAAACAUUCACAGAAAAACAAAUCAAGCUUUAUGAAAGCAGAAAUAGGCUUUUGGGAACAACUCCUGAGAACAUUAUUUGCAAGUCAAGCAUGGCCAAGGUGGGCAGGCCCCAAAUGAAGGAGCAGGGCCUUUCCUGGCUGGGAAUUCAACUCGGGGCAUGAUGGCAAUACAGUCUUCAAGGGUCACCAGGUAGAAAGGCGAUGGAGAAGCUAGGCUCUACACCUGACUUUUUAGCAUUUAGGGCAACACCACUCACAGGACACAGUGCAGAGCUGGAGCUGGAACAGAAGUCAUGAUCAGGCAGAAGCCAUGUUUCUGAAGCAGUCUUUCCCAAGCAGGUGCUUUCCAGAUGUUUUUGACUACAGUUCCCAUCAGCCCCUGCCAGUUGGCUGAUGGAAGUUGUAGUCCAAAACAUUUGGAGGGCACUAGGUUGGAAAAGGCUGCUGUAAAGGGUGUGACUGUGAAACAGAAUUCGCAGAGGGUAUGUGCAUUUUUGGCCAGGAGCCACAAUUGCAACAGAAAUCACAUAAACUGGCUAGCCAGCCUGACAGUGAGGUGUGAAAAGAUCAAGUAUAAUCUUUGUAGCAAAAACAACACAAGAGUCUUGUGGCACCAAAGGCUAACAUAUUUAUUAUGGCAUCAGCUUUUGUUUACCAGUGGUCAUACCCACAAAUAUAUGCACAUACAGAGUAUUAGUUUUUUUAAAUUUAAAAAAUGUUAAACAGUGUGGCCAAAUGGUUAUCAAAUACCCAAAAAACAGCUCAAUCCAUGACCUUUCUAUUUAUGUAAAACUUAAAUAUAUAUAUAUAUAUAAUAUAUAUUCUAAAAUAUAUAGAGACUGAAAUACCCAGGUGUCAGAGGAGGUUAUUUAUGUACACAACAACUGCGGCCCG